CAUAAAAGACCCUUUUUUCCCUCAACUUCGUAUAUGUUUUCCAACAUGCCUAGGACUCAACCAAUCCUUCAAUGGCUCUCUCUCUUCAUUUUGGUCGAGCUCUGUCUUCCCUCUCAUGGCGAUGUCGGCACAGCUGCUCAGUAUGAUCCUCCAUAUAUACCGACUGCGUGUUAUGGAAGCGAUCCUUCACAGUUUCCUUCAAGCAAUUUGUUCGCGGCGGUGGGGGAUGGAAUAUGGGACAAUGGGGCAUCGUGUGGGAGACAGUACUUGGUGAGGUGUAUUAGUGCAACAGCUCCUGAAACUUGUGUUGUUGAUCAGACUGUCCAGAUUAGGGUGGUUGAUUAUGUCCCUACGGCAGCUUCGAAUCCGUCGGCUGGUGGCACCACCAUUGUUUUGUCAAAGACUGCAUUUGGUGCCAUUGCAAAUUCUUCAGCUGCCUUAAUAAACAUUGAAUUCCAACAGGUAUGAUUUGAAGGAUUGGUGAUGAGAGAGAGUGAGAUAUCCUUGGUUUGAUUUGAUUUGUUUAGUCAAAGAGGAACGAAGCUGCAGAGGAAGAAGGAAAAAUGUUAAAAAAGUGUUUCGCGUGCAAUUAAUUGUAAUAUUGUUUUCAUGAACCCUACAAAUAUAUAUGUAUAUAUAUAUAUAUAUCAAUUCUACUGGGGCUUCAGUGGGUUGAUUCUCAUUGACCCUCCAGUGUCACGUGUCAGUUUGGGAGUGGUUGAAAACUAAAAAAAAAAAAAAUUGAUUUUUGAACCAAUUACAGAGGAUCUCCAACAUCUCCACUGGAGGUCUCAAGUUUUA